GCGGCCUUUCUCCGAGGACUGAUCUGAAUUCCUUCCACAGGGAAAAUGCUCUAUUAAAAGGAAUGCACCAUGCACUGCCUCCACCAGUCUUCCAACAUCACCUCCAGGAUGAAGAUAAUCAUCAUCUCAGCACUUGCAACUUUGUCCAUCGCUGCUCCACAGUACAAUUAUUCUCCUCCACCUACAUCACCACCACCUCCUCCAUCUACUACUCCACCUCUUCCAAGUACAACCCCAUCUCAACUGUACGCGGCGCCAGGAGCAGGCCAAAGAAAUGCCGAAGUCAAGAUUCCACCUCCAGUGGCCAUCUUAAAGGACGAGAGAACCCAGAGUGAAGACGGAACUUUCAAAUUCGAAUUCGAGGGCGACAAUGGGAUCGUCGUCUCUGGAUCUGGAUCCGCAACAGGAACAAACGGCUCCGUAGUACAGACGGGAAGUUACAAGUACACCGCCCCCGACGGAACUCCCGUUGAUGUGACGUACGUGGCCGAUGAAAAAGGGUUCCAGCCUCAGUCAGACAGUCUUCCCAAGGCUCCCGAAUUCCCCCACCCGAUUCCUCAGUUCGUCCUCGACCAGAUCGCCUUCGCUGCCGAGGAGGAUGCAGCUGCUGCAGGUUCUGCCACUGCUGAGACUAAGUCUUCUUCUCCCAAUUUAUAUCAAGCCCCUCAAGCAUAAUGCAGAACCUCAGAGAAGAACAUUUGUGCUACUUUGCAGAACGGCCUUUCCUUGAAUCACAAUAGGAAUUUGAGAACAAACGUUCCACUCAUUAUAUUAUCAUUAUUAUUUAACUUAUCAGUGUUUCAAUAAUUGCAUAUCUGAAUAGAAAUGAUAAAGAAUAAUAAACUCCAAUAAGAA